UACAUCAACAUGGGAAAUGCUGACACAAAGUUAAACUUUCGAAAAGCGGUUGUUCAAUUGACAUCGAAAACACAGGUGAUUGAGGCUGCAGAUGACACCUUUUGGGAUCAAUUUUGGUCUGAAAAUGUGACUAAUGUUCAAGAUAUAUUUACUUUAAUCCCUGCUCCUGAGAUUCGUAUAUUGAGAGAAGAAGCACCAUCCAAUUUAGCUACAUUAUGUUACAAGGCUGUUGAAAAAUUAGUCAAGGCAGUAGAUAACAGCUGUAGAACACAAAGAGAACAGCAGACUGUUCUUAAUUGUUGCCGCUUGUUAACAAGAUUAUUGCCUUAUAUUUUUGAGGAUCCCGAUUGGAAGGGAUUUUUCUGGUCCAGUUUACCUGGUAAAGAGGAUGAAGAAAGUGCUCCAUUAGCACAUUCUUUAUUAAAUGCUCUCUGUGAUUUGUUGUUUUGUCCUGAUUUUACAGUAGCACCAAAUAGAAAGUCUGGCCCUGAUAAAGCAGAGGAACUACAAUCUAUAGAUAGUUGUGAAUAUAUCUGGGAAUCUGGAGUGGGAUUUGCCCACUCGCCGCCAAGAUAUCCAAUUCUGGAUUCGAACAGGACUGAGUUAUUAAAAUUGUUACUCACAUGCUUCAGUGAAACCAUGUACAAUCCCCCCAUGGAUCUUUCUAUUACUCCAAACAGAUGGAUUCAACAUUUAACUAGUGCCGAAAAUAGGCAUGCUUUACCUAUGUUCACAUCACUAUUGAAUACAGUGUGUGCAUACGAUCCUGUUGGACUUGGAGUACCAUAUAAUCAUUUAUUAUUCACUGACUCAUUGGAGCCCUUAGUUGAUGUUGCAUUGCAAAUCCUCAUAGUAACAUUAGAUCAUGACACAAGUGGUGGUGCUCCAUUAGAAGAAGGAACUCUGGGAGACAAUUUAUUCAUUAAUUAUCUGAGCCGUAUCCAUAGAGACGAAGAUUUUCAGUUUGUAUUAAAGGGUAUCACAAGAUUAUUAAAUAAUCCAUUGAUGCAAACGUAUCUACCGAACUCAACUAAAAAAGUACACUUUCACCAAGAGUUAUUGGUAUUCUUUUGGAAGAUGUGUGACUAUAAUAAAAAGUUUUUAUAUUACGUACUGAAAAGCUCAGACGUCCUCGAAGUAUUGGUACCUAUACUGUAUCAUCUAAAUGACUCGCGUGCAGAUCAAUCUCGAGUUGGAUUAAUGCAUAUUGGUGUAUUCAUCUUGCUCCUGUUGAGCGGAGAGCGUAAUUUUGGUGUUAGACUAAAUAAACCAUACACGGCCACAGUACCGAUGGAUAUUCCCGUCUUUACAGGUACGCACGCCGACUUAUUGGUUACUGUGUUCUACAAGAUAAUCACAACUGGACACCAAAGAUUGCAGCCGCUAUUCGACUGUCUAUUAACAAUUCUAGUCAAUGUUUCUCCAUACCUUAAAACACUGUCAAUGGUGGCUAGUACGAAAUUAUUGCAUUUACUCGAAGCAUUUAGUACCCCGUGGUUCUUAUUCUCAGCGCCUACUAAUCAUCAUUUGGUAUUCUUCCUCCUUGAAAUUUUUAAUAAUAUCAUUCAGUACCAAUUCGAUGGUAACAGUAACUUGGUGUACACGAUAAUACGUAAGAGACAAGUGUUCCACGCAUUGGCGAAUUUACCAAGUGAUUGUAAUACAAUUGCUAAGUCCCUUAGUAAGAGACAACGUCGACAUGUGCCUGCUAGUACGUCUAGUGAAAAUGUUAACGAAGCUGCUAUGGAAGGAUCUCAUCCUGCUCAACCUGCAGAGCCUGGAACUCUGAAAGCAUCUUUAUUGGAAACUCCCGGGAUUGAGAAGAUGACUGAGAAGGAGUCCGCGCAUCCAUUGAGUCCUUCAGUGAACGUUGAAGUAGGAAAGUCAAUUCAUCGGAAUAAUACAGAUAAUGCGGACGAGUUAACGGUUUCUACCAAAAGUUCUGUUAUACCAAAGGGAGGCAUCAGAGUCGCAGAACAUACGAGUUCCUCCAACAAUAUAAAUCAAUGGGUUCCUUCUAGUGAUUGGGUGUACCAAUGGAAAAGUAAACUACCACUACAAACUAUUAUGAGAUUACUACAGGUUCUUGUACCACAAGUUGAAAAAAUAUGCAUUGAUAAGGGUUUAACCGACGAAAGUGAAAUUUUAAAGUUUCUGCAACACGGUACCUUAGUUGGUCUGCUACCAGUACCACAUCCGAUCCUUAUUAGGCGGUACCAGGCGAACGCAGGAACAACUGCUUGGUUCCGAACAUACAUGUGGGGCGUUAUAUACUUGAGAAAUGUUGAGCCACCGAUCUGGUAUGAUACCGACGUAAAGUUGUUUGAAAUCCAAAGAGUCUAA